UCUUCAUCUUCAUGUAUGUGUUUUCUUUUUCACACAUUUUAUGAAUUUAACAAGUUCUUUUUUUCCUGUAUCUCUUCAGGUAUUGUACCGAGGAACGUGGAAGGUCCAGUAUCGGUGCAGUCGUGUCCUCGGGUUCUUGUCCUUGUGGCCAGUGCAGGUUAUGGAUUGGAUCAUGUUAAAGCAGCUGAGCUUCUUAGAACAGUAAAAUCAGCUAAUGGAUUAGCUGUUGGUAUUAUUCUGAAGCCUUUCAGCUUUGAAGGACAAAGACGACAGGAUGAGGUGAAGGAUUUGGUGAACCAACUCCAGGAGCACACAAACUUUUGUAUUGUGGUUGACACUGAUGCUCUACUGAAAAAGGAAGCAGUAACUUUAGCUGAUGCUUUAAAGAGUGCAAACAAUGCUGUUUUGCUGUGCAUCAAUGCUGUCUCUAUUCUUGCAUCUGAGGUGCAUACAAAACUUCUUGAAGCACCCUGUCAAAACACUAAGGAACUCAGUGUCCCUGAAGUUUUGAAAAUCUUGAAAAGCUAUAAAGAAGCUAAAGUUGGAUUUGGAGCUGGUAACAAUAUGAAAUCCUCAAUUGCACGAGCUGUCUUUGAAUGCCCUUUUCUUGGUGGUGAUAUAAAGGAUUGCAAUGGUGUGGUUCUCUGCACAUUGGCUAGUGCUUGUGUCAUGGACAGCAAUGAUCUGCAUGUUUUCUUGCAUACCUUUCGUCAGGCUACAGGAUGCACUGGGGAAAUCAUUAUUUCUGUGACUUGUGAACCUAAUUUGGAGCCAAACCUCAUAGUAACAACAAUUGUUAUUUUAGGCUGUGAUGGACAAAAGGCUUCUUCAAAAAAUAGUUUUCUGUCCAGAUUGGCUCUGCAUUUCCCGUUUAUGUUUUCUCUAUGGAGGAAGGACCAUCCAAAAUCAAGUGAGUCCUCAGAAGUCUUGAGUUCAUCAGAUGGUGAGGAUAUGUCCAAUUCAUAUUCUGCUGAAGAUUCAAGUGAAGAUCUUCAUGCUUACUCUGAAGAACUUAAGAUUCCGUCAAGCAGCAAAUAUGAUGAAAUUUGUGCUUCGAGGGAGUAUAGUAGUCAAAGUAAAAGAAAAGAUGCUGAACCUUUUAAGGCCACCACUGAGUUGGAUUUUGAAUUUAAUGAUCAAGUAACCGCUGGAGGAACUGCUCUGGAAAGGGAACAACUUAUCAGCGGGAAUGUUGGACCAGGAUUCUAUAUUGCACAAGAAUGGGCCAAAGAACGGGCAGAUAUCUCCACGACUCCCAUGCUUGACGGCUUAAGUGUCUACAGCCUUCCUGUUGGUGUGCGACCCUCAGAACAAUCAAGAAACAUUCCCCAGUUUGUUAACACUACAAAGCCCUCAGAGCCCACAACAUUGGAUGCUAUGAACAGUGAGCCACUGGGCUUUUCAGACUUGCCUUCUUGGGAAGCACUAAGAGAUGUAGGUUUUCUAGCUGUAACAGAUAUUCGCAAUGCUGCAUCCACAUAUCUGAAGGGAAAAAAUGCUGCUUCUCCUCAAAAACAAGGACAGCUUUCGGUCCGUGCAGCAUCCAUGCUGGAAGCUGAAAGAGAUUCACAGAAAAAGUGGAGUCCUAUUAUGGAGAUGAAAUAUCGAGGUGGAAUCUACAGGGGGCGUUGCCAAGGAGGUCUUCCUGAAGGAAAGGGUUGUCUAACCUUUGUUGAUGGAAGCAUAUAUGAUGGUAUAUGGCGCUAUGGUAAAAAGUCAGGUCUUGGUACAUUAUACUACAGUAAUGGGGACGUUUUCCAAGGAACAUGGAGGGAUGACCUGAUGCAUGGAAAGGGUUGGUUUUAUUUUCACACUGGAGACCGAUGGUUUGCAAACUUCUGGAAAGGCAAAGCUAAUGGUGAAGCCCGCUUCUAUUCGAAGUUUGGCGAUGUCUUUUUUGGCCAUUUUCAAGAUGGCUUGCGGCAUGGUCACUUCCUGUGCAUUGAUGUUGAUGGAACAAGGUGGAUUGAAAUUUGGGAGGAAGGUGUGCUUCUAAACCGUAAACAGGACUCUGAAUUCAGUACUUUGUAAGCUUCAACAUACGGAAAAGGGCCCGUGCCUAUCCAUUGUAACAUUUUUGUAUCUGUAUAGGUAUCUCUUUCUACAUGUUUCCUCCCUUCCUUUUUUUCCCAUAGGCUCUUAAAUUUUGUAUCCAUCUGGCUCAAUGCAUCAGGGGUUUUCCAUCUGAAAAUGAAAGUCAAAAGCAUCAAUUGUAAAGUAAUUAAUCUUUAUGUAAGUUUUAAUCUAUAAGAAGCGACAUAACAAAAUGAAAAGAUUACAUUGUUCGCAA